AUGCAGCGUGCGCUGUGGCGGCGGCGAGAUGCAGCAGGGGCGGUGGUGCCGCACUUCCGUCGCGAUGCGCCCCGCCAUGCGAGACCUGGAGCUCGCGCCGCCAGCUCGCAAUCAGUAAACAGCAGCAGCGAUGUGCAUGCCAGCCCCAAUGAGGGCUCGCCCGGUGUGAAAGGCAGCGCAGGCGCCGCACCCGCUUUCCCCCGCACUCCGCAAGCGCCCCGCGCAGCGGCGCCAACCGUGCCGUUUGAGGCGGCGGCUGCGGCCGUGCUGGAGGGCCGCAGCUUCAUGUGCACCAUGUGCGGCAAGUGCUGCACCAUGGAGGACGACGGGGAGGUCUGGGUAUCGCGGCAGGAGGCGCGCAGCAUCGCGCAACACCUCGGCAUGUCAGAGGCUGCCUUGUUGGCUGAGCACUGCCUGGAGCGCGACAGCGACGGCCUGGCUGCACCACCCGGCUGGUGGCUGCUGCAGUCGCGGCGCUCGCCGGACGGCAAGCUGCACUGCACCUUCCUGGACAGCGAGACCAAAAUGUGCCGCGUCCACGAGGCGCGCCCCGUCCAGUGCAGCACGUACCCCUGGUGGCCAGACCUCCUGGCGCAGCCCGGCGUCUGGGACUGGGAGAAACAACACAUUUGCGAGGGCCUGGACCAUGCGGAUGCGGGGCCCUUGGACAAAGAGGCAGCUACCCAGCAGCUGCGGCGCGCGGUGACGCACGAGCUGGCCAAGAGGCGGGCGAGGGAGGAGGGCGCCGCUGCAGGGGCCCGCAGCGGCGGCGGCGGCGGCGGCGGCGGCAGCUGA